AUGUUUUCAUUAAUACCAUUUUUACGAUUAAUAUGUAUUAUAUCAUCUGUUAAUCAUUCAGUGAUAACAGAUGCAUUUGCUGAUAAUGAAACUUUAUUGGAAAAUUAUCGAACCACUGGACCUGAUAGAUCAUCAAGAAAAAUUGAUUUGCCGAAGCGAAAGGAUCUAUUGAGUGAUCGUGAAAUUGUCGACAAUUUAUUACGUAAUUAUCGAUUUCCAGAUUCAUCAGAUAAUGUAACCGUUGCUGUACAUAUUUCAAUCGAUCGUAUAUUAAAUGAUAUGGAACAUGAAUGCAAUUUUUGGUUAACAAUAAGACAAAAAUGGGUGGAAAAACGAUUAAUUUAUGAAAAGGAACGACCGAAUGGUGCACAUAUCCGAUUGCGUUCAAGCUCUUAUAUUUGGAACCCAUUAAUUACAAUAUCAAAUGCAUUGGAAAUUCGAAUGAUUGGAAAAGAGGAAGUGGAAUUGCAUAGCAAUGGAAUGGUGGAACUUACACAAAAAUUAUUGGUGAAAACGAUGGAAAUUCAUGAAUUACAUUCAUUUCCAUUUGAUGAACGAAAUUGUUCACUAAUCUUUCACAACGAAGAUUCACGAGCUCAAUGGACAGGAAUAACAUCAAUUACAGUAUCAAAACUUGGCUGGGGUAUUUGGAUAGUACUUGGCUGUGAACGUAUUGGUAAAACUAUUAUCCUAAGUCUAAGAAGAUCAAUAAUGAUUUGGAUCUGGACACUAUAUGCGCCAACAACAAUCCUAUUUUUCUGUUCGUGGUUAUCACUUUGGGCUGCAAGUAAUUCGGCCAAACAUCGUUUCGUUAUCACUACUACAAGUUUUUUCACUAUACUCAUCAUUGCUAUCAGUAAUAAAUGGAAUGUUACACGAACAUCAUAUCUAAAAGCAAUUGAUAUUUGGAAUUUGCAAAUUAUUGCAUUUGCUUUUUUUAUCGUUCUCCAAUCUGUUUUUAUGACCAAGAAAGUAGUGGAAAAACAAAAAACAUCGAAACGAAUAUAUAAUUUUGGUGAUGAAUGUAAUGAGAAGACACAAUGGUUCAAUGAAAUGCCUUAUUAUGCGCAUCUACCGGAACGACAACCAGCAGCUUUGAUAAAAAUUGUUGAUUAUAUUUUUCGAAUUAUACUACCAAUUAUUUUCUUAAUCAUUUGCACUGUUUAUUUUAUUCAUUAUACUUAUCUCAAUAAAAGUUAA